AUGCGUUUCUCUACUUUCGCUCUUCUCUCCCUGGCCUCCGGUGUCUUUGCCGGAAACUGCGGUCCUCAGAAUGGAAACGCAAAGUGCGCUUCGGGCGAGUGUUGCUCCCAAUACGGCUGGUGCGGAACUACCAACGACCACUGCGACGCCAAGACUUGCCUGAAGAACUUCUCUGGUGCCUCUUCCAAGUGCAACGGCAGCUCUCCCGCCCAGACUUUCCCCGACGGCGUCCCUGAGAUUGACGUUUGCGGUCACGCCCAAGGUGGCGUGAGCUGCCCUGGUGCAGGAGCCAACGGUUACUUCUACCGCUGCUGCUCUUCGGCUGGCCACUGCGGACCCAAGAACGACCUUCAGGACCAGAACCUCUACUGCGGUACCGGAUGCCAGGCCGGCUUCGGAAAGUGCGAUAACGAAAAGGCACCUGCUGAGCCUGCUGGCGAGAAGGGCGUCUCGCAAGCCGGAGAGACUUGCGGUCCUAUUGUUAACAAGAAGUGCGCAUCUGGUCUUUGCUGCUCUGGAUCAAACUUCUGCGGUACUGGCGAGGACUUCUGCGGUGCUGCCAACUGGUGCCAGAGCAAGUGGGGAAAGUGCAACUAA